AUGUCGCAAGUCCCGCGAGAGAACGAUGAAAGCUCGCAAACUUCGUCUCAGAAUCAGUCCGGCUACCCCGUCAAUAACGGCCUCAUCCCGCGGGAUUAUUUAGCUCGAUCUGAUCAACGCCCCGGACCUGCUCCUGGUUCUCGACAUAUCACACCUUCCCCGUUACAUACAAGUUCUUUACCUCAAUCGUACCGUGUGGACGGGUCUACAGCAUCCCAGAGUCCCCUAUCUCCGAAAUCCAACCCUUCUUCCUCCCAGAAUCGGUCGCCAAUCACUCGCGUGGCCAAUGCACCAUACCCUGCGCCACCCUUCAGCACUGGCCAGAGUCUGUCGCAAUCGCCAGAAAUGGUAGGAACGGAAUCGGGGAAUGUCAGCGGCCGACCUGGCGAAAGCAAUAUGCCGAAACCAUCCCGUGCGCCAGAGCCCGAUCGAUCUGCCUCUUCCUCCGUCAGCUCUAUACGCUCGAUGCCGGGAGAUCGCACACCCAAUCGUGCCAUGCCUCGCACCUCGUCGAUUGACUCUGCUAUUUCAUCCCUGUCCUCCACCUCUCAGAGAUCGGCCUUUGAUGUCAAUGCUCUGAGUUCAACUGACAUUAACAAUCUCAUCAAUGCCGCGGGAUCAGCCGAGGCUGUGAUCGUGCACCUGUUGAAAGAGAAAUACCAAGCGGCCUCUCAGAAUGCGCAACUUUGGAAAUUGGUUGACAAACAAAGGACUUUAAUCCUCGGCCUUAAUAAGGAUCUAGAGCGUGCUUUCCAAGAGAAGGAAAAAUAUCGCAAGAAGCUUAAAGAUAUACAAGACGCCCCCCCAUUACCCGUCGCCGAGCCCUUGGCCUCUGUAGCCGCACCGAGCAGCGACAAAGAGAAUGUGUCGCGCAAACCUGACCAGCCAUCGAUUGUCCCACCAUCUGAAGCCUCUCGGCGGGGCUUCGAAAACACCACAAGCCCAGUCUCUGCCACAGAUAUCCCAUCUCCAGUAGGAGACGGAAAGAGCAGGUUUCCGCACCCAAAUCGCAAACCACCGCCUGCGCCUCUGAAUCUACGACAAGCAGAUAAUAAAAGGGCAUCCUCGGCUUCCGAUUCCGAUUCCGGUUCCGAUUACGGCGAUGCCCAGGAUAUAAAUGGUAUUCCGAGUGCGGGCCGUGGGCGGCGAAAGACAAGAGAGCAGGACGACCAGGACCGCGAAGCUGCGCUACAGAUGGAUAUGAUUGGGUCUACCGGUUCUGUGGGACCGCCUCAGGCAGAGUCCUCGCACACCUCCCGGGAUACAGCAACGUGUAGCCCAGGAACGGUCCCAAGGGAGCUUUCUACGAGAUCACCGCCGAAUGUGGGUGAUUCUAACUCACUGGGGUCGCUUUUAGGCUCGCGGCCCCCUCCCGCUUCGUCCUUUAAUGGGCGCUCUAUCGCUGCCAUGCCCAUGAGCCCUGGACUGCCUUUGAGCCCGAGACCAGAAGAUAGACCUAUUAAUUCCCCCAUGCCUCGCAUGCCACGAGACAUGUCUACUUCCAUGGCAGCCGGGUAUCAGGCUCCAGGAUUGCCGCUCUCGCCAAGAAUGGCCAACCACCCCACGGGCUUUGCUCCCAUCCCUUCAGGACGUCCCAAUGGUCCUAUUCCAUCAAUUGAUCCCACAGUCAUGAUUGACAGCCCGAGAUCUGCAAAUUUCCCCGACAAUCAAAUCUACCGAGGAUUGAUGUCCGAUGAAUACCAGGGCCUACUUUUGCCUCCGAAUGCCCUUCCUCUGGUUCAAGUCAGAGUAUCUUCGUCGCGGCUUCGUCCUUCUCGGAAUAGCUAUAUGGUGUCCAGGCCCCUGGACGAGGAGCCUGUUUUUACCCUCAGUGUGAUCCUUCGGUCAGAGAUGUCAGAGCUAUGGCGAGUUGAAAAGGUCAUCGGUGCUUUGCCACAGCUGGAUCAAAAAGUCCGACAAACUUCUCCGUUCUCCGGAAAGUUGCCGGAUAGAAGUAUUUUCAGCGGACACUCCCCCGCUAAGGUUGACUUGAGACGUGCCGCACUGAAUGCGUACUUCGACAGACUUUUGGACACGCCAAUGGACGAGAAUGCCGCGCUAGCUCUCUGCCAAUUUUUGACAAGUGAUGCCAUUGAGCCUCGAGACGACGAGACAAGUCUGCUGAAAGGUCUCACCCAGACCAGGCCCGAUAUGCCACGUGGACCAGACGGAAAACCUCAAAAGGAAGGUUACUUGACCAAACGAGGCAAGAAUUUUGGUGGUUGGAAAGCGAGAUAUUUUGUUCUCGAUGGACCCGAACUGAGAUACUACGAAUCUCCGGGUGGUCCGCACAUGGGUACUAUAAAACUUCACCAUGCCCAGAUCGGCAAGCAAUCGCCAAAAUCCACCGAGAAUGCUUCACCUCCUGGGGGCGAGGAAGACUCUGACAACCAGUAUCGCCAUGCAUUUUUGGUUUUGGAACCGAAGAAAAAGGAUUCUUCGGCACUUGUCCGGCAUGUUCUUUGCGCCGAGAGCGACGAGGAGCGCGAUACAUGGGUCGAUGCUCUCAUGGAAUAUGUUGAGAAUGCUUCUUCCGAGAAUGAGGGACGUGGCAGUGUAUCUUCCAAAAGUCAGCCUCAGUCUCAAGAUGAACUCCAAUCGCAGCAAAAGCAACUACUCUCCGGAGCCGAUGCCAAGUCUAAAAUAUUUAACAACGGAAGCAAGAGAUCCGGCCGAGGAGUUGAUAGUCCCGACCAGGAUCUAGGAGGCUCUGUGCAGGGUUUCAGCUUUGAGGACGCAGUGCAAGCUGAUCCUCCGACUAUUGGUUCCACCCUUGAGCAAGCUCCCCGAUCCCCACGACUUCCGGCGGCAUUGUCGACAGAAUUCAGGGACAUGAACAUGUCUUCUCCCGAUCAACCAAUGCAGUCUCCCAGACUGAUAUCUAGGCCCACAAACGGCACAGUCAUCCAGGACGUGGAAGCCUGGGGAAACAAGGCAAAGACAUCAACGAAAGAGAAGAAACGCAGUAUCUGGGGUUUCCGCACCAGGUCCUCUUUCGAUCUUGCCAACCAGGCCAGCAGCGAUACAUUAGUAGCAAGCAACAAUGUUGAGAGGACAGGUCCUGUUAGGCCUGUAUUCGGUAUACCCUUGGCAGAGGCCGUACAAGAUUGUGGACCGCCAGGCAUUGAUGUGGAGCUGCCAGCGGUGGUUUAUCGCUGCAUUGAAUAUCUCCAUGCCAAGGAAGCAGCUUUGGAGGAAGGAAUUUUCCGUCUAAGCGGUUCUAAUGUGGUGAUCAAAGCUUUGAAAGAACGUUUCAACACUGAAGGUGAUGUUGAUUUCGUGUCUGGAGAUCAGUAUUACGACAUCCAUGCUGUGGCUUCUCUCUUCAAGCAAUACCUUCGAGAGCUUCCGACGACAGUCUUGACCCGGGAGCUUCAUUUGGACUUCCUUCGCGUUCUCGAACUUGACGAUCGCCAAAAGAAGGUCGCUGCCUUCAACUCUCUAGUGCAUAGGUUGCCUAGGCCCAAUCUCGCAUUACUACGAGCUCUAUCGCAGUUCUUGAUCGAGAUUGUGAACAAUUCCGAUGUGAACAAGAUGACGGUCAGGAACGUGGGCAUUGUCUUUGCCCCAACUCUCAAUAUUCCGGCGCCGGUAUUCUCGAUGUUCCUCACGGACUACGACAGCAUCUUUGGCGAUACUGAUUCAAGCUUUGCCAAGCCGGCUACGGAACUGACUGUUGAAAACACACUCUCGCCCGAUGAUAUUCGUUCACCACGUCAUCAAAUGUUCUCAGAUCUCCCUACACCUUCGUACCAGCAGACUUCGUUCCGAAACACUGGUGAUGUGAACGGUCCUUCCGAAGGCCCCAGAACACACUACGAUACUGGUUUCACCCCAAUGCAACCUAGCUAUGACCAAUCGACGUCGUCUAGACAUGAGCAGUACAACCAACCUUCGGGUGCCGGCGCUUCGUAUCAUUCUUUGAAUGGCAUGUUGGGGACUAACUCGGAAGAUACUCGCUCAGCAAAGACGAAGCGACGGGAGAGUUCAAUGCUCUUUAUGGAUGAUCCUUCCUUCUACCAGGGCAAGUGA